CAGACAGGUGCGGCUGUGAGAGAAGCGGCUGCAGACAGAGAGGAGGCUGAGGGGAUCAUUACCGAGGUUGGACACCGAACUGCUGAUAAUGUCGACCACCAGGCUCCUUCAACACGUGCGAGACCCUCCUAAACCCUCAAGAACAACGUCAGUAAUUUGUAGGGUGAUUUUUAGUGCUAUCCCCAUUGCACAGAUUGCGAUUGGGUCAGUGUACCUGCAGGAUUGUCCAAUAAACCACUACAUCCCCAUCUAUUUGAUCGUGGUGGGGGUGUUAGUGUUGGUGCUGAAUGUGGUGAACUGCUGCCUGCCGAGCACCCAGGAGGGUGAAGAAGAAGAAUCGCCCACCCUGCUGACCCGAUGCUGCAAUUUCCUGUACUCGCUGAUAUCCUUCUUUGUCUUCUGCUGGUUUAUUACAGGUAACGUGUGGAUCUACACUGCUUAUCAGCCAGACUACAACAAGAACACAACAAAUAUCGAUCAGCACUGCAACAAGACGCUCUACCUGUUCGCCUUCUGGACCACGACGCUGGUCUACAUUAUUCCAUGUGUGUUUGUGACCUGCGGUUGCUGCGCCUUCUUGUUUAUUUGCAUGCUUGGCUGAAAAAUCUUCAGCGAUGUUUUGAGAGACCAUCCUGAUAUGAAGUGACGAGGAGACGGGAUGUGUCUCACACUUCAAGAGUCAAAAAUUUGUUCUUUCAAAAGUUAAAAAAGAAAAAAUAUUUAAGCUUUUCUUUUGUUUUAUUGAUUUUCAUUUUGAAACACUUGUUCACUGAACUUUACUGUAAAUCUUUAACUGCUGUAAAAUAUACACAGAAUAUUAGGAUUAUUUUAACUGAAUGUGAAUCCUCAAAUGAAAUAAGAUGUGUAUUUUGUGAAAGAGAAUCACAGUGUCUAAGCUCACGUCUCUGACUUCUGCUGACUCCCCAGAAAGAACAUAAUGUUUGAAGUGUGUCCAUGUUUUAAAGCAAAGUUGUCAAAAAAUGUAAGAGAAUGAUGAAGAACACUGACAACUGCAAUUUUUGCCAUAA